AUGGCCUUCCCCUUCAGCAUAACCGAGCACACGAUUCCAACGCAGCACAUCCGCGAGCACCCGCGCGCCACAGCGCACUCGCAAGAGGACGUGCUGCACCUGCACAUCAAGCAAUACACGCCCCUCGACAACCCCAACCCGCAGCCGGGCGACGUGACCAUCAUCGGCGCGCACGCCAACGGGUUCCCCAAGGAGCUCUACGAGGCGCUGUGGGCGGACCUGCACGCCUUAUCACACAAGCACGGGUUCCGCAUCCGCGGCAUCUGGAUCGCCGACGUCGCCAACCAGGGGUACAGCGGGACGCUGAACGAGGGGAGCCUAGGCAACGACCCAUGCUGGCACGACCACGCGCGCGACCUGCUUCACAUGACCAACGUCUUCCGCGCCGCGAUGCCGCGCCCCCUCGUCGGCGUCGGCCACUCGUUCGGGGGCAACAUACUAACACAGCUCGCGCUGCUGCACCCGCGCCUGCUGACGACCCUGAUCCUGCUCGACCCCGUCAUCGUGCAAUUCGGCUUCGACCGCAGCGGCCCGGGAAGCAGCCCGACGCAAUCGUCCACCUUCCGGCGGGAGACGUGGCCGAGCCGCCAGGCCGCCGCCGAGGCCUUCGCGCGCUCGCCUUUUUAUAAAUCCUGGGACCCGCGCGUGCUGGCGGCGUGGAACGCGCACGCCAUCCGGGACACGCCAACGCCCCUAUUCCCGAACACCAACACCCAACAGGACAGCGCCGGCGCCACCCUCCGCACAACCAAACACCAAGAAGUCUUCACCUUCUUCCGCCCCCUCUGGCCGCACGUCCUCCCCGACGGCAGCGUAGACCCGGACCGCGCGCCCGACUUCGACCCAACCCAUCUCCCCCAUAUCGACCCGCAUAACCCCUACCCCUUCUACCGCAGCGAGGGCGCCAUCGUGCUGCGCCGGCUCCCCGAGGUGCGGCCCAGCGUCCUCUGGGUCUACGGCGGCACCAGCGACCUCAGCCCGCCCGCGGGGCGCGCGCACAAGCUGGCCGUCACGGGCACCGGGCCCGGCGGCAGCGGCGGGGCCGCGAGGGGAGGCCGCGUCGCCGAGGUCGUCGUCGAGGUCAGGGGCCACCUGUUCCCCAUGGAGGUCCCCGCGCAGACCGCCGCGCACGCCGCGGCCUGGAUCGGCCGCGAGAUGGAGCGGUGGCGGGGCUUCGAGCGCGAGUACGACGACUGGGUCAGGCUGCCCAUGCGCGAGAAGUCGACGCUGAGCGAGGAGGUCAUGGAGAAGGUCGGGAGGCCGCCGGCGCGGCGGCCGAAGAAGGCCAAGGGCACGGAUGGGGAGCCGAAGCUGUGA